CCUAGCCUUUUUUGCUCUCCCACUGCUCGCCCCUCCUGCUCGGCUGCUGCUUCCCCACACCGCCCAGGUAGCUCCACCGCCGGUGGCUCGCUAUACCCACCACCUCCGCCGCUUCCUUCUCGUGCAGGGGAGGUGCAGAACACCCUAGAUCUCUCCCGCGAGCGCGCAUGGCGUCCUCCUCCGAUGAGCAGCCCAAGCCGCCCGAGCCUCCCGCGGCCGCCGUGGCUGUGGCCACCGCCGCGCCGCAGUCCCACGCAGAGUGGGCCGCCUCGAUACAGGCGUUCUACGCCUCCGGGGGGCAUCCCUACGCCGCCUGGCCCGCGCAGCAGCUGAUGGCGGCGGCGGCGGCCUCAGGGACAUCGUACGGCGCGCCGGUGCAGUUCCCCAUGUACCACCCGGGGGCCGCGAUGGCGUACUACGCCCACGCGUCCAUGGCCGCGGGUGUUCCUUACCCGACUGCUGAAGCUGUUGCUGCUGCCGCAGCUGCGCCAGUUGUGGCAGAAGGAAAGGGCAAGGCUAAGGGCGGUGACGUGUCUCCUGAGAAGGGCAGUUCUGCUGCGCCCUCUGGCGACGACGCUUCGCAGAGCUGUGGGAGCGGCAGUGACGAGUCUUCAGACACGAGAGAUUAUGACACUGACCAAAAGGAUUCGUCUGCACCUAAGAAGAGGAAAUCUGGUAAUACCUCAGCGGAAGGUGAACCGUCUCAAGCUGCUGCUGUUCCAUAUGCUGCUGUCGAGUCACCGUAUCAGUUGAAGGGGAGGUCUGCCUCAAAGCUUCCAGUUUCUGCGCCUGGGCGGGCAGCACUUCCCAAUGCCACGCCAAAUCUGAACAUAGGGAUUGAUCUUUGGAGUGCUUCUCAAUCCUUAGCUGUGAUCCCAGUGCAGGGGGAAGCAAAUCCUGGCUUGGCGCUUGCCCGAUGUGAUGGUGUUGGUCAGCUGGAUGAGCGUGAAAUUAAGAGGGAGAGGCGAAAACAAUCUAAUAGGGAGUCUGCGAGGAGAUCAAGGUUACGCAAGCAGGAGGGAUUUAGUGCGCCAUCUCGCUGUCGGAGGCCACAGGAAGGAUUUGGCAUGAUCUCACCUCCUCACCAGAUGCUGCCUUGUUGCAGUUGAAUGGUCACAGUUCACCACGAGCCACCAGUUGAUGGAUCACAUCAUCUCGAGCGCGGAAUCUUAUUAGUGGAUCAGAAGACUAUGGUGACCCGUAGAUCUUCAGAUGUUGAUUUGCAGAGCAGGGCCGGAAUGCGGGGAUUGCAUUCUUCAAAAAGUAUCGUAUCUUCUUUCCCUAGGGAGAAAGCAGAAACCAGUCAAGUAAUGAUAUGCACAUGCAGACAUGCUAGUGUUUGGCCUCUAGGUGGGCUUGACUUUUGUCACCUGAAUCACCGGGCUAUUCCUUAUGCAUUGCAAAGCCCAGUAGUUCAAUAAAUGUGGGUUGCUUAAUAUAUAAUUUGUAUUCUGGUUAUGCUAGUUUCUUGUACUUGGAAAAUAAGCUGAAUACUACAUAUCAAAUCAGGCAAUUUUCUUACAACUGCAGGCAUACCAGUUUUUGACUGGGCUGCCUAUCCUUCCCACACAUUUUGAAAUGUUUGUUGUACUGAAACUCAGUCAAAUUUGCCGUCAAAAUUGCCUUCCAGGAAAGACACCAGUUGUGACAGCUGCAUAAGCCACACCUUCUGUUUUGUAAGCGGAAUACUGAAGUGAGUAGAUGCAGAACGAAUAUUGAACAUUCAUGUUAUUUUGCACUUCUAGUAAAAGAAAUGGCCCACAAAUGUGCAAUUACCCCCUUAAAUUUUUUGGUUUGCUUAACCACCUGAGCUUCCAACACUUGGCACUUCAUCCUUUGAGGUUGUUUUGGGAGUGGUUUCAACAUCGUGGCCAUCAUGUAACUGAAAUCGGUCGCAGGGGGAAGUUCUGGGUGGUAAGAGCAUCUACAACUGGAAUGGGAUUAUUUGGCCCCUUAUAACUUGGACGCGUCCAGAUGGUGUCUGCGCUUGUCCGUUUUGAACUCUCAUUUGUCCGUGCACGCAGCCAUGUCGCCCAAAUGGGUGAAGAGUUGACACUCAUAAUAUCUCAGAAGGGUAAAGCGGACUCAAAACUAUUGGCGAUAGUUGCAUAUUUGCUAUAUAUUUCACCUCUAGAAUUUGGUCCAGGCAGCUAAAUUUUUGUUGAUUUCUUACUUGCAUGUUUCCAUUGAUGAGGUGUGCAUGCAACCGCAGUAGAAGAAAUUUAGAGAUGACACCAGGAAUUUUGUUGUAAAACAUAAUUCAAACUCUGAAAAUCAGCUUCAUAAAACUAUAAUCUAUCCCUUUGAAAUUUUGUUGAUGGGGUAAGGUGCUGACCAUCUCUUUUCUACUCUCCUCUGGAAUGCCAUCACACACAGCCAUGAAUAGUAUGACUAAGCAGAGCUGUACAUAGUGACUUGCUGGGACAUAAAAUUACUAUUCCCUUUGAAUCCUUUGCGGUGGCAUCUUAGUACUUACAUUUGCAAUAAAGGUCCUAAUUAUAAGUAAUCCUUUUGCAUUGACAUGAUUCUUUCCACUGUU